AUGGAUAACAAAAAUAGUGAAGAAAUAGAAGUUAAAAUUCGAAUCAAAUUUAUGAUGGAUGCAUCAAAGGGAAUACAAUAUUUACACAACAAUGGGAUAUUACACAGAGACAUUAAACCAGACAACUUGCUGAUAUUUGGCAUUGAUAUUAACGAAAUGGUCAAUGCCAAAUUGACUGAUUUUGGAUCAUCGAGAAAUGUGAAUUUAUUGAUGACAAACAUGACUUUCACUAAAGGUGUUGGUUCGCCUGUUUAUAUGGCACCUGAAGUCUUGAAACAAGAGAAAUACCAAAAGAGUGCGGAUAUAUAUUCAUUUGCAAUUACUAUGUUCGAGUGUUUUGGGUGGUGUGAAGCGUAUCCACUUGACACUUUUAAAUAUCCAUGGAAAAUUGCUGAAUUUGUGAAUUCUGGCAAACGCAUUGAAAAAGGUAAUAAAAUGUCACCUGAAUUGUUUGGUAUCAUUCAGAAAUGUUGGAAACAGUCCCAACAUGAGAGAAUAACUAUUGAAGAGGUUGAAAACGCUCUUCAAUUGGUAUCGAUAAUUUAA